ACUCAGCAACUCAACUCACAUGAGAAAGAGCAGCAGCAAGGCUCUGCUUGACCGGCAACAUCAUUCACACCUGACAAGCUGAAGCGGCUACUCUCAGCUGUAUCUGCAAGCUGUCCAUUUUCUUCUUAAAUUUAUGUCUGUAGAGGAUCAGAGUAAAAAAAAAUCGUCUGUAACUGAAGGUGUGUUACCAUGUUGGAAUUAAAUAAGAUGGCAAUCCUGCUGUCUUUCCUGGCUUCACUGGCUUUGAGCCAAGGAUCUGUGAGGACCAGGAGUCAGUCAGACAGGAGCAGGAGAGGGGCCCUCAACACAUUCACUGACACACAGACAACAGGCGUGACAGAGUGGACGUCUUGGUUCAACAUCGACCAUCCUGGAGGGAAUGGAGAUUAUGAGCGCCUGGAAGCGAUCCGUUUCUAUUACAGGGAGAGAGUUUGUGCGCGGCCCAUGGCAAUGGAGGCUCGCACUACAGACUGGGUGGCAGCAGCAGACACUGGGGAAGUGGUCCACUCCAGUCUGGAGAAGGGCUUCUGGUGCAUAAACAAGGAACAGCCCCAAGGCCGCAUCUGCUCCAACUACCAUGUCCGCUUUCAGUGUCCCCCAGUGCAGAGCUACUGGACUGACUGGAGUGAGUGGGGUUCCUGUUCAACCACAGUUUGUAAUGACGUCGGCAUCCAGGUCCGUCAGAGGGAAUGUGUGAACACUCAGCCCAUGCCUCUCCUGUUGGUGCCCGCUUGCCAGGGUCACCAUUCAGAAAGGAGGGAGUGCUCCACUCCUCCGUGUACAGCCAAGUGGAGACCAUGGGGUCGGUGGGGGACGUGUUCAGUGACCUGCGGGGGAGGUCGGAGGAUUAGGAGGAGGACCUGCGUGAGGUCCUCUGAGACAGUUCAGUGUACUGGACGGCCUGUUGAAAUACAGAAGUGUGGGAAGAGUCCAUGCCCAGCCAAAUGUCAGCGAGUGUGCACAGAGGGUCGUCCCAGUGAGGACUGCAGCCGGUGUGUGUGCGAUAGCCAUGUGCUGCACGGAGAAGUCCACAGUGUGACUGGUGUCCCUGUGGCAGGAGCCUGGGUGGCACUGGCUAGUCAGCCCAAGGUGAUCCGUGCACGUACAGAUGCCAAUGGUCAGUUCAGGCUCACCGGAGUCUGCUCCUCCAGCUCGAUUUUGAUCUCCAUCAGGAAAGAGAAGUUUGCCCCGAUCACUGUCUCUACCUCCAGUAACACCACAGGGUUGUCCUGGGUACGGGCUGUCCUCAAAUCAGCUGAAAAGCCAUACAUUGUGAAGCACCCAGAGGACAAAGUGCGUUAUGAGGGAGGACGGGUGCUGUUGUGCUGCAAAGCAACAGGAUCACCAGCGCCUGACAAAUACUACUGGUACCACAACGGGACUCUGCUGGACAGAAAGGUGUACAAGUAUGAAGAGGACCUUGUACUGCGAGACCUGAAGCUGGAGCAGUCAGGGCAGUACUACUGCAAAACCAGCAGCCCUGCAGGCACCAUCAAGUCCUCUGCAUCCUUCCUCACAGUGAUUGCAAAAGGAACACCAGCAUGCAAUUCCACCCCUGAGAAUCAUCUCGUCAGACUGCCCAUGGACUGUGUUCAGCCCGGGACUGAUUCCAAAUACUACAACGCUGGCCGCUGCCCUCACAACAAAUGUGCUGGCUCCCUAGACUUUGAUAUGCGCUGCAGAGAUGGAGCUGCGUUCUGCUGUGGGGUCCAAAAUAUGGAAAGUAGAAUAAUUGACUGUGGGAGCUACAGCCUCCCUAUCCGGGCUGUGACACAGUGUAGCUGUCAGAAAUGUGUGCAGCCGACUGUGCUUGUUCGUGGUAGAGUGGUCACAGCUGACAAUGAUGAGCCCCUGCGUUUUGGGCACAUCUACAUUGGCAAAGAGAGGGUGGGCACCACUGGAUACCAAGGAAGUUUCACAUUACAAAUUACUCCUGAUACACAUAGGUUAGUGGUAAAUUUUGUUGACCCGACCCAGAAGUUUCUUGACACUCCUAAGGUGUUCAUCUUUGAUAAGAAAGGUGGGUCCAUCUACCAUGAUGUGAAGGUGAUGAGAAAGCAGACACCAAUUGAUAUCAAUGCAGGAGAGACCAACUCUAUCAACCUGGGGGAAAUUAAAGGGGAAGAUCCCAUUGGUCAGUUGGUUAUUCCUCCCCAUUCCUUCCACAAGGACAACGGAGAAAUCUAUGAGGGAACUGUGAAAGCCAGCGUCACAUUCAUUGACCCAAGAAAUAUCACCAUGGCGGCUGCGGCCCCUGGCGACCUCAACUUUGUGGACAAUGAGGGUGACAUGCUCCCUUUAAGAACCUAUGGUAUGUUUUCAGUGGACUUCAGAGAUGAGACCAACAAGGAGGUACUUGGAGCUGGGGCUGUUCAAGUCCUUCUUGACACACAGCACGUCAAAAUGCAAGAGCACAUUCCAAAAAUGAAGCUGUGGUCUUUAAACCCAGACACAGGAGUCUGGGAAGAGGAGAGUGACUUCUCCUACACUACAACUACUGGUGGUCAUGGGCGGAGCAAACGUGAGGAACGUACUUUCCUCAUAGGCAACAUGGAGAUUAGAGAACGUAGGCUCUUCAAUUUAGAUGUUCCUGAAAACAGACGCUGCUACGUCAAAGUCCGUGCCUACAUGAGUGACAAGUUCUUACCUAGUGAACAGCUGGAGGGUGUUGUGAUCAGCUUGAUAAACUUGGAACCCAAACCUGGUUAUUCCUCUAAUCCAAGGGCAUGGGGGCGCUUUGACAGCGUCAUAACUGGACCCAAUGGGGCCUGUUUACCAGCUUUCUGUGAUGCCCAAAGGCCUGAUGCUUACACAGCUUAUGUCACAGCAAUGAUGGGUGGGGAAGAACUGGAGGCAGCUCCUUCCUCUCCUAAGAUGAAUCCAAACAUCAUUGGAGUGUCUCAACCAUACCUGGAUAAAAUAGACUACCAGCGUUCAGACCACGAGGAUCCCGCUCUGAAGAAAACAGCCUUCAGAAUCAACCUGGCAAAGCCUAACCAAAAUAAUCUUGAUGAGACCAACGGGCCAAUAUAUCCAUAUCAGAAUUUAAUAGCUUGUGAAAAUGCCCCUGUUGAUGCAAACCAUUUCAGAUUCUUCAGAGUGGAAAAGGACAAGUAUGAAUACAAUGUUGUUCCCUUUGAGGAGAAUGAUUUGACGACCUGGACGGGAGACUACCUCUCCUGGUGGCCUAAUCCCCAGGAGUUUAGAGCAUGCUUCAUUAAGGUCAAGGUCCAUGGACAAAAAGAAGUGAUGGUCAGGUCGAGGAAUCUGGGAGGAACACACCGGGAAACAAAAGGCAAGCUUUAUGGUAUAAGAGACAUUCGCAGCACUCGGGACAUGCGAGAGGCCAACACCUCUGCAGCCUGUGUAGAGUUCAAAUGCAGUGGCAUGUUGUUUGAUCAAGCUGAGGUGGACAGAUCCCUCAUAUCAGUCCUUCCUCAGGGGAACUGUCGUAGGGUUGGCACCAACAACCUCUUACAAGAGUAUCUAAUCAAACAUCCACCGGUCGCUCAAAAUAAUGAGUCUCAUGCAUUCACCAUGCUAGCCCCUGUUGAUCCUUUGGGACAUAACUAUGGCAUCUACACAGUCACAGACCAGAAUCCCAGGGUAGCCAAGGAGAUUGCUAUAGGCCGCUGCUUUGAUGGCACCUCCGAUGGUUUCUCCAGGGAGAUGAAAUCAGAUUCUGGAGUGGCGCUGACCUUCAGCUGUCCAGAGAGGAAAAUUAAUAGAGAAAGCCUUUUCCAACGUCUGCAGACCAACCCAGGUCAGACUCUGUCUCAGAUGGCGAGGGACAUGAGGGAGUCAGAGGGUCUGCAGGUGCAGAGAUUACCCACCCAGAUGGUGGCCUAUCCUUCAGACCAGCGGGGCAGGACCCAGAGUCGCAGAGUCAGCUCUACAACCAGAAGGAGAGUGUCCAUGCGCACACAGCAACGCCAAUAGAUGUGCCAAAAGGUCUUCCGUCAAGACUGAUAUGAUGACAUCAAGUUGAGGGAGUAUUGUUGAUGAAUAUGAACCCCCUCUUGACUAUGGAAACCACAAAUCUGAGACAGCAAUUUGACAAAACCAAUGAGUAUGAUUGAACAUAUUCAUUAGACUUAUACUUACUUGAAAAUUUUGUUAUAUACAUUUCUUCCUUCCCUCCUAAAAGACAUGCAUCUUUUGUCUAUAUGUAAUGCAUUGACUGGCAUUUAUUUAAUUAGCUUUGGUCGUAUGUAUGAAUAGACUAAAUUGACUGAUUAACUUUUAUAGUUCUAAUUUGAGGCAUUCCACUUUCCCAUUGUGGGUGUUUUUGCUGACGUUUCUCAAAGUUUGAAACCAAACCUUCAAAAACCGUAAAUACUAUGCCAGGCCCCAAACACUUCAUAAUUGGCCAUUGCUUUCCACUGAACUUUUCUUCAAGAUCAGAAAGAAACCAACUUGAGGUCCUUGUUGUCUGCAGCAGACACAGAGCCCUUUACAAACUGGGAAACUCUCUCCACCAAGGGGGCACACACUCAAAAGAGACAUGUUGGGUGCAGUGGGGUGAAGUAUGCCACCCGGGGAACAGAGGAUGUUUUCAGUCAUGCUUCUUAAUGUUUUUCAUUACCAUACCACAUUGCCAACUGUGAUUCAGCCAAACGUCCUUCACACCUACUUAGAAUGUGCAAGACUGAGGCCUUCGCCAAGACAAGCAUGGAUCUCACUUGUGGCAGGCAGUCUAAAAUGAGGAUAGUUGAUGGUAUAGUUGAGGUAUGACAUAAUUUCCUUUUGUCCUCUGCACAUUCCAAGUUAGCAUCACCAAACAAAAUGUUACUCAAACUAUAUCUUCCUAAAUAUUUCACUUUCUCUGAAAUUGUUACAGAGACUAAAUCAGGGUCUAAAUUGACUUUGUUUUUAUUGUUGGGUAAUAUGUUUGUCAGCUGCCUUUGUAUCUUGAAGUGCAAUAACUAUAUAAUUUAACUUAAGAAUGUUUAAAGAUCAGCAUGUAACAAACUAUUACAAUACAUAAAAAAUGCUGCUGGUGAAUGAAGCAACAACUCUUUCAGUACUUGCGGCAGGUGGUGUGGUUAAGCUGUUUGUAUGAGAUCUUGCACAGGACAAAUUUUGAGUGAUUUUAAGCAAAUAAUGUAACUGCUAUGUCAUGUAAUCAUUCUUCAACUCUCUGAACUAUGUAGAAUCUAUUAACUUUUUUCAUACUUUGCUGCAUGGCUCAGUUGAUUUUACAGUUUGUACACCACAAUAAUUUUUCUUCAAACUUCAGAGAGCAAUCUUGUUAGUGGGAGUUAUAACUCUCAGUGGAGCCUUCUCUUCAUUAACAAAACCCACCGCGUGAUUCUUACACACGUGAGUGAUAAUUAAAAAGUGACACACUUGAAUUUGCUGUUGUUUUCAGAAAUCCUACCAUUGUGUAAUAGGUAUGUGUGACAAUGGAAGUACAAUAAAAGUAUACAUCUUGAUAGAUAUUGAGACUGAUUAAAGACUUAAAAACUAGGCUAUUGUAAUUUAGGUCGGUAGAAGCUCGACUCAGUGAUUAAAGCUUCACAAUUGUUAAUCUGCAAAAUGGGCACUUGCAGACCCAUGGGAGAAGUACUUCAAGCUGAACUAAUCCAAAACCAAAUAAGGGGGUGUGCAUGGAGAAACCAGUAGAGCCUGACAAGUAAAUAUAAUCCUUCUGCUAAUUAGAAAAUAAAUUACAUAUUCUCUUGAACUAUUAUAACAGUUUGACCCUGACUUUCACAAACAGCCAAACAAGUUAAUUUCUAGGAUACAAAGGGUUAAGUUAAGUAAUCAACAGUACACUGGACCCAAGAAGAUUAUGAUCUAACAUAUUUA